UUGCAGAGGCCGAUUCCUCCUCGUGCUCCGAGUUUCAAGUAAUUACAAGUGUGUGAACUACGCAUGCGAGGUGGUUUUAAUUACGACAAUACUCAGCAAAUUACAGACCAUGAAUAUAUACGAACAGUUUUACUGAGUUAAAAACUAAUGGUUUAUGUGAUUCUGGUUAGAAUAAUAAGUAAUUAUACACAAUUUCUGUACAAACUUUGUAGAUAAAAUUACUUUCGUCUGGAUAUAAUUGUCCAUUAACAGAUAAAAGGGAAUGAAGGGCACUUCUGUUUCCCAGGCUGCGUUUAAUAGUUGAAGAGUUAAAUCAGUUCUAUAAAGGGGAAUCACGCAGUUGAGUGACUGUAAGCCACUAGGGAGCCUUUCGUGAACUCUUCAACUCGUAUCUGCACGCUGGAGUGGAUCCAGAAGACAAUCGCUACGAUGCUGAACAUUCGAAGCGUACUAUUUCUCUGUUUUUUCCUGCUGAAGCAAGCGUCAUGUGUGCCCAUUCCCACGAGCCCAGGGAUUCCUCCUGCAUCAGCGCUAAGAUUCAUGCGACAGUUUGGUUACCUGGAAGAGGGUACGCCUGAUUCUGAAGCCCUCUACAGUGAAGAAGCUAUUGUAGAAGCCAUAAAAACCGUUCAAAAAUUCGGUGAUAUUCCACAAACAGGAAAGCUGGACAAUGCAACUCUUCAGUUAAUGGUGGCAAAACGCUGCGGCGUUCCGGACGUAGUACGUCACAAACCGGUACGACGGAAACGAUUUGUCGUUGGAGCUGAAGGGUGGAAGAAACGAGACAUCACAUACUUUGUUGCUAACUGGUCACCAAAGCUUUCUGAGGAGGAUGUGGUAAAUGAGAUGAAGAGAGCAUUUAAAUCAUGGAGUGGAUAUGCAAGGCUCCAUUUUCAUCACAUUCAGGAAUCAAAUGCUGACAUUACAAUAGCAUUUGGACGAGGACCUCAUCAAGAUGGGUAUCCUUUUGAUGGACCUGGUAAUAUAUUAGCUCACGCUUUCUACCCGUAUGAAAUGGACAGUUAUGGUGGUGACAUACAUUUUGAUGAUGAUGAAAACUGGAAGAUUAUAACAAGUGAAGAUGUUGAUGAUGGAGUGGACUUCUUUACAGUAGCAGUGCAUGAACUGGGCCAUAGUCUGGGUCUAGCUCAUUCACCAGUCUCAACUUCUAUCAUGUUUCCUUACUACAAGGGCCACCAAAACAACUUCCAGCUUGGCUAUGAUGAUAUUCUUGCCAUGUAUGAACUUUACAUUGCAAGACACUUGGAAGGAGAUUAUGAGACAACGGCAGGAAGACACCAGCAUGAAGGAGGUGAUACUGAAGAUGAGAGAAAUGAGAGUGAAGACAAUGAUGUGAACCCAAGAUCUGAAGAUGAGGAUAAUGCAGGAAGAAGUGCUGAAGAAUCACCAGGCACUAGCUACCCAUUAUCUCCAACCACACCUACAACAGAAGACUCUAUAACAUUUACUGGUGAUGAUGAAACUGUUGAAGACCAUAAAGGGCAUGAUGACAAACACAGAAUACCACCAUCAUCCUCACCUUCAACACCAGACAUAUGUGAAGGGAACUUUGAUGCUGUAGCUGUUCUUCGUGGAGAGUUGUUCAUUUUCAAGCAAGAGUACAUGUGGCGCUUAAGUCAACGUGGGGAAGUGCAAGAAGGAUACCCUGUGCCAUUCCAACAGCUUUUCUGGAAACUUCCCAAGUAUAUUAUUAAAAUUGAUGCAGCCUACCAACGGGAGACAGAUGGAAGCAUUGUACUCUUUACAGGGAAGACGUUUUGGGUAUACAAUGGUGACAAUUUUAUAGAAGGAAGCCCUCGACCCCUGACAGAUUAUGGUUUACCACCACACCUUGAUAAAAUAGAUGCUGUUAUGGUGUGGAGUAAGAACAGUAAAACAUUCCUGUACAGCAAGGACAUGUACUGGAGAUAUAAUGAGACAAUAAGAAAAAUGGAUCCUGGAUACCCCCAUAAUAUUAGCAGGUGGAGAGGGGUUCCUUCCGACUUAGAUGCUGCAAUGACAUGGACAGAUGGUUUCACAUACUUCUUCAAAGGAAGGCUAUUUUGGAGAUUUGACAACAUUUUGAUCAAAACUGAUGACCACUAUCCUUUACCUGCACCACAACACUGGAUUGGAUGUCCAGAAAAACCAGACACUAUUUGGUGGUGAUAGAGUGUAACAUGGUGAAUUAUUUAUGUUUCAGUGACUUGUAUGGAACAUUGGAUUUCAUACUAAAGAACAAAAGCAAGUGCAGCUGAAUAUGAACUGUGUUAUAACAAGUACUAAAA